AUGUACAGCAUGAGGCGAACGCUGUUGCCGCUGCUUGUAGCAGCAGUGCUGCUGCUGCUUGCGCCCCCUCGUGGGGUGUGGGGCGCAGCAGAGAGCAGCAGCUCCUCUCGUUUUGAAGGGGCUUCUAGUGAAGAAGCAGCCAUUGCGCAGCUGAAGCAGCAGCAGCAGCAGCAGCAGCAGCAGCAGCAAAACAAGGAGCAGCAAAGCCAGCAGCAGCAGCUAGAACAGGAGCUGCAGGAUGACGCGGAGUUCGCCUUGCAAAGAGGCUGGUUUAAGUUAGCCCAGGAAAUAAUUCUGCACUCCCACACAGUCGGUGUAGACGUUGGGUAUCGUGUGCGCCGUGUGGUGAUGAAUAUGCGAAAUGAGUUGUUGGAGGUUGAGCGCCUCCUCAGCAAACAGCACGAUGCAAUUGCAGUGAUGUCGCCGGCUUUUCAGUGGGCUGAGUCUCCUAUUGAAGUAUUUUUAAACAUAAAAUUUGCAUACAGAUGGAGCAGCCCUGGUGCGUUGUCCUUGGAAGACAGCUCUAUUUCAAGCACUUCUUCUUCUUUUACUUUCGUGGGCUUGGCGCAGCACUCAGGAGUGAAGAGACAGUAUCGCCUCCACCUGAAGCUGUUUAAAGAUAUCCUUCCUGAUGCGAAGAUCGCCAACAUGAAUGUCUGGCUGGACAUGAGGGAGAAGGUGCAGAAGGACGUGGACGCCUUCCUUGCGGGGAACUACACAGUGCCAGGAGACGCAGAAGGGGUAGACGAAGGGCAGCAGCAGCAGCAGCAGCAGCAAGGAGAUGCACAGAAGGGAGAGGAGUUCAGCAGCAGCGUCAUCGGCAGCAGCAGCUGCAGCAGCAGCAGCAGCAGCAGUCGAUGGCGACUCCACUUGAGGCUGUGCGUACACCCCAGCCCUGCUGCUGCAGCAGAUCUACAGCGGCCGCCGCAGACAGAAGCUCCUGCAGCAGCAAUAGGAGCAGGAGCAGCAGCAAAAGCAGCUGCAGCAGCUCGCACUUUGGCAGCAAAGAUGCAGCAGCAGCGGCUCCUCGUCUCUGGGCUGCCGGCGCGGAGUCCCUUCGCACCGACAGCAGCAACAGCAGCAGAUGCAACAGCAGCAGCAGCAGGACGCAGCAUCAACAGCAGCAUAGCAUCUACGGCUGCUGCGCCCCCCUCCCCGUUUGCUAGGCCUUCUCUCUCUUCGCUUGAAGGCACCUUGUCGCAUGCGCUGCACCGCAGGAGCAGCAACACAAGCAGCAGCAGCAGCAGCAGCAACAGCAACAGCAGCAGCAGCAACACUGGGUUCGACUCCGUGGCGCUGCGGCUGCAAGCAGCAGCAGCAACUCCCAUUGACAGCAGCAGCAGCACUGCAGGAGAAGAUUCAUCAUCCAUCAUUUCUCGCCAGCAGCAGCAGCAGCAACAGCGGGAGCAGCAGCAGCAGUUUGCUUCUGGCGAGGCAGCCCCUGCAGGACUGCAUAAUGGCCAUCAGAUGCAGCGCCAGCUUCAGCAGCAGCAGCAGCAGCAGCAGCAGCAAUCCAGGAGACAGCUGGGAGGAAAGGGGCCUCUGCUGCUUAGUGAACUGGAUACCCCCUUCGAAGUGGCGAGAAGCAGCAAAGCGGCGCUCUUCUUAGCAGGUGUCUCCCGUCCUCAGCAUCAGCAGCAGCAGCAGCAACAACAGCAGCAGCAGCAGCAGCAGCAGGGAGCAACAGCAGCUGCUGCAACGCCCAGCAGCGCGAACCAGGCGAAGCUGCUGCCUGCCUUUCCGGAGAGCACCGCUGCAGCCUUGAGGAGCAACGCCACCAGGUCUUCUGCAGCAAGCAGCAGCAGCAGCAGCAGCAUGACGGGUCUUGCUGCUACACAGGGCAGUAACAGCGGCGGGCAUCUGCUGUCUCUGCCGUCUUCAAAUGGAGACACAGCACUUUCAAGCAGCAGCGCUGCUGCAGCAGCAACAGGUUCCCGCAGCAUGAGCAGCGACAGUGGUGCGGCUGCUGCUGCUGCUGCUGCUGCAGCGACAGCAGCAGCAGCAACCCGCAGCAGAGCAGAAGCGACGAAAGCCAUUGCUGCUUCUCGCGAGCUGCUGCAGCGGGUGGGCCGCUUCUUGGGUUCGCGUCCAGCAGCAGGAGCAGCAGAAGGUGCAGCAGCAGCAGCAGCUGCUGCUACAUCACAGGCUGCAGAACCCCUGGGGGCCCAGGCGCAGCCAACGUUGCUGCAGUCAUCUUCAGUUGCUGCUGCUGCUGCUGCAGUUCCUUCUGCUGCUACUUCUGCUGCUGCUGGAGUUCAGGGCAGCGUGUUCACUGUCUCUUCGCUAACAGCGUCUUGGAUGCAAGGCAGCCAGCAGCAGCAGCAGCAGCAGCAACUGCAACAACAGCAGCAGCAGCAGCAGCCUGUGCUGCAGCGCGUAAUGCAAGCGCACCGGCCCUCAGCUGCUUCCGAAGCCCUGGGCUGGUCCUGGUCAGAUGAAGAGGCGGAGGCAGCAGUGCAGCAACUGCUGCUCCCGCAGCAGCAGCAGCAACAACAGCAACAGCCGCAACAGCAGCAACAGCAACCUCAGCCACAGCAGCAGCACGACACGCAGCAACCUCCGCAGCAGCAGCACGAAUAUGAAGCGCAUGUUGCCUGGAACGCAUUAAAGCGCAGUGCCAGCAGCAGCGGCAGCAGCAGCAGCAGCAUCAGCGGCAGUAGCGGCAGCAGCAGCAGCAGCAGGGAAGCAGAAGAGAUAGAGAGAAGGACUCUGCCCUACUUCUCAGCUGCUCCUCAUGCGGAGCCCCCGCUGCAGCAGCUUGGCGAAGCAGCAGCAUAUCCAUCCGCUGCCUCUGCCACUUCUUCGCCUGACAGCAGCAGCAGCAACAGCAGCAGCGGCAGCAACAACAGCAGCAGCAAGCCUGUGGAGCAGCUAGGAAAAGCUUUUGCUGCUGCAGGGGGCGGGCUGGGCAGCCGCUGCACAACGGCAGGAGGAGCGACUGAGUCGGGGACGCCGUCUCCAACGUCAUCGGGACACCCUUGGAACUUGCAGCAGCAGCAGCAGCAGCAACAGCAGCAGCAGCAACACCUGCUGCAGCCGCAGCAAGAGGCCGUCAUCGGCAGCAGGAACUAUCUUGGCGUUCAUGCAGGCGGAGUUGCCGCAGCACCUUUCCACGAGCGGCAGCAGCAGCAGCAGCAGCAGCAGCAAGAUGAAAUUCUGUCCUCUUCUUCUUUGGCUUCAUCGGAGGUAGAAGCGGUGGCGGGGGCCCUGGAGUCUAGCCCAGACGGCGUUGCAGGUCUGCUGCCUUUUGAGUUUGAACAGCAGCAGCAGCAACAACAGCAGCAGCAGCAGCUCCACUUGCAGCAGCAGCAGCAACAGCUUCUGAUGCAGCAAUCUCCAACAAGGCUGCUUCGCCCCUACCCCACGUUGCUCGACAGGCCACAGGCUCUGCAUGCUUCCAGCAGCAGCAACAGCGGCAGGAACUCCUUAGUCCCCUUCCCUGCUGCUGCUGCUGCUGCUGCUGCUCCACCGGAAGCCUCCCAAGAGCCGAACGUUGCAGCUAGCAGCAGCAACAACAGCAGCAAGUGGUUGCUGCAGUCUGUCGCUCCCUUAGCCCAGACAGCAGACUUCGGGCGUUUGUAUGACGACUCAUCUCAUGCUUCUUCUCCUGCUUCUUCUGCAGCAGCAGCAGCAGAAGCAGCUGCAGCAGCAACAACAGCAGCAGCAGCAACAGGUGGAGGCCAGCAGCUGGCGCUGCUAGCGUCCCCUGCGCCUUCCUUCGGGAGCAGCAGCAAGAUGUUUCAGGUGCAAAGCCCUGCUGCUGCUUCUGUUUCUGCUGCUUCUGACAUGGACAGUCCUCUGUGGAUGCAGCAGCAGCGGCAGCAGCAACAGCAGCAGCAAGAGGCGCAGGUGGUGCAGCUGCUGCAGCAGCAACACGUGGCAGAGCUUCGCAGCAGCAGAGAGAGACUAAGAGAUAACUUGUGGGUGCUGCUGCAAGACCUUGAUAAGAUGCUGUAUGCAGCGGAGCUGCAGCCGCUGCAGCUGUGGAGAACAGCAAGCCGCUGCCACCCUCGGCUGCCUCCAGCAGCACAGCAGCAGCAGCAGCAGCAGGAUGAGUUCGCAUGCGAGAUUGAAACCACUGAGGUGUAUGUACAGCAGGUUGUACAGUGCUGCUCCGACGCCGUCACGCAAACCCUUCAGGCCCAUCAGGCACGGGGGCAGCUGUUGCUGCAGGUGCAGCAGCUGCAGCAGCAGCAGCAAGCAGCAGCAGCUAAGCACCAAGAAGCGCUCUCCAAGCUUCGCAAGCAAAAUGACGCCCUUGCUUCGGAGGCCGAUGCUGCGCGUGCUGUUGCUGCGGACCUGCAGCGGCAAGCUGGUGCAGCAGCAUCGCUGCAGCAGCAGCUGCAAGCAGCAAAACACAGGAAUGAGGAGCUGCUGCAGCAGCUGCAGGAAGCCAAGAAGAAGACACAGCUGCAGCGGGAAAUGAUAGUCGAUAGAGACAACCAAAUACGCGUACUGGAGCAGCGCGAAGCAGUGGCCGCUCGGCAGCAGCAGCAGCAGCAGCAGCGUGCUGCUCGCAUGCUGCAGUCGGGGCUACUGCACCGAAGGGCUUCUGCUGGAGGACAGCAGCAAAUGCUGCUGAAGAGAGAAGCACUGGAGGUGGCGAGGCAAUACGAAGCCAAGGUGGAGUCAAAGCAGCGGGAGAUUGACGGGCUCGCAGCAGCAUUGAAGGUGGCGCAGCAGCAGCUGCAGCAGCAGGGGGGAAGCGGUGCAGCAGAUGCUGCUGCAGCAGCGGCUGCUGCAGCAGCAACGGCAAUAGCAACUGCAACAGCAGAGGCACAGGAGGAGAAAGCUGCUGUUGCAGAGCUGCAGCGGAGAGAACAGCAGCUUCAGCAUCAGGUAGAGCAGCUGCAGCAGCAGCUGCAGCAGCAGCAAAAGAAGCAUCAGCAGCAACGCAAGCAGCAGCAGCACAACCAUGAACUCGAGGUAGCAGCUCUUCGCUCUGAUGUGGCUAUGCUUACCGAAGCCCUAGAGAGGGAGAAGACGGACAGAAUGAAGGCAGAAGCUGCUGCUGUGCUGCAGCAGCAACGGGACGAAAAAGCUGCAGCAGAUCUGCGGGCUACAAAAGAGGAGCUGGAGACGGAGGUGGCGGAGCUUCGCUUGAGGCCCUCAACAGAAGAAGUCGCAGCCCUGCAUGAACAGCUGCGAGAGAUGCAGGAGCAGCUGAAUCCCCUGAAGGAUUCUGAAGGCUGCGGAGACCCGCGGCUGCUCAUGCGCUGCGACAAGGCGCUGCAGGGGAUGCAGCGGGAGGCACUGCAGCAGCUCGUCAAGGUCCGUCUUGCUGCAGCUGUGCUUGCGGGUGCUGUGUGGGGUGUCUGUACACUGCAGCGGUGCUGCGUGGCGUUUCGGUGUCUCCCCUCAAGUCUCUCUGGGAUCGCUUUGGUGCAGCAGCAAAACCAGCUGCUGCAGCAACAGCUGCUGCGGGUUCUGCUAGCCUUGGUGCUGCAGGCUGUGCCUCCCUCUGACUCGGAGUUGCUGCGCAGCAUGAAGAGGAGGCUGAAGCAGCAAAGGGCGCCAAAGGUGACGACGGAGUGCUGCAGCAGCAGCCUGCAGCAGCAAAAGCUGCUCUUCAUCGCUAGAGCCCUCUCCAAGCUCAAGUGCCAUGCUAAAACACUAAGCAACUACACGGCGCUGCAGCGGCUGCUGCGGGAGCUUGUGGGGCCGCCUGGGGCCUGCGUAGUGUCCGUGGAGGAGCAGCUGCAGCAGCAGCAACAGCAGCAACAGCAGCAGAUUGCUGCUUUGCUGGAAGAAUGCUGCACUAUAAAUGUGCAGGAGCCUCUUGACCUGCUGCAAGAGCAGCCGUCUGUUGAGGAGUUCUUCUCUCGCCUCGUUUGCAUGCAGCAGCAGCACGACGCGCAGCAGCAAGCUGUGCUGGCAGCAGCAGCAGCAGCAGACGCUCAAGCUGUAUCGUCUCUUCGCCAGAUUGUGCAGCAACAGCAGCAACAGCAGGAACAACAGCUGCAACAGCAGCAGCAGCAACAGCUGCUAACGGCGGAGCAGCAGCAGCAGCAGCAAUUUCUAGCAGAGUUACAGACACGCCUUGGCUACAAGAAUAUAGAAGAUUGUGUUGCAGGUGUACAGACAGCUCUCCGCCGCCACCGCCCUCUCGAUACUCUCUUCAGAUCUGUCUGCGACCUCCUGGGGGUCCCUCGCAGCACUGCAACUUGCUCGCAGGUAGAGCGGGAAGUGGUGCGGCUUCUGGAGAGCAGCAAACAGCACGCCGAGAUGCUGCAGCAGCAGCAGCGUCUAAUCGUGCAGCAGCAAGCCAUCAUACUGAGCAGCAACACGCUCGUGGCUCCUGCUGCUGUAGCUGCAGCAAAUGCGCAGCUGGCAGCAGUAGAAGCAUCCGUUGUCCCACAGCUGCAGCUCCCAGCUGCAACGCAGCAGCAGCAGCAGCAGCAGCAGCAGCCGCAGCCGCAGCAGCCUCCUGCUGCAGCAACGGCAGCAGCAGCUACAACUAAUGACCAAACGUCUGCUGCUUCAAAGGAGACAGUUGCACGCGUUUUAAGUGAACUGCUGCAUUCUGCCAUUCAUGGCCGCUCCCCACCCUGCCCGGACCAGGAAGAACAGCAAAAGCAGCAACAGCAACAGCAGCAACAGCAGCAGCAACAGCAGCAGCAACAGCUAGCAGGGAGCACAAAUAUAGCCUCGCAGCUGCGACUCCAUCAUCAAAUUCUGCGCACCGCUUAG